AUGACUGAACAAUCAAGUAAAAGAAGAAAGAAGCAUAUCAUCAUCAAUGCAUUUGAUAUGGCUUGUAGUGGUUUACAAUCUCCAGGGUUAUGGAAACAUCCAGAGGAUCAAUCCAGAAAUUAUAAUUCAAUUGAGUAUUGGACCAACUUAGCAAAGCUCUUAGAGAAGGGGAAAUUUAAUGCUUUAUUCAUUGCUGAUGUAUUAGGAGGUUAUGAUGUCUAUAAUGGACCUAAAAAUAUUGAAGCUGCUGCAAAGUCUGGAGCUCAAUGGCCAGUUAAUGAUCCAAGUGCUGUUGUAGCAGCCAUGGCAGCUGUGACUAAAAAUUUGUCUUUUGCAGUUACUUUCAGUACUAUUAGUGAAGCUCCUUAUCAUUUCACAAGAAGGUUAGCUACAUUAGACCAUUUAACUAACGGUAGAGUUGGUUGGAAUAUUGUUUCUUCUUAUUUAGAGUCGGCCGCAAGAAAUUUAUUAAAUAAUCAACCUUUACCUCCUCACGAUGAAAGAUAUGCUAGGGCACAAGAAUACCUUGAAGUUGUUUAUCAAUUAUUUUUAUCAAGUUGGGCUGACGAUGCUGUUAAAUUGGAUAAGAAAACUGGUGUUUUCUCUGAUCCUUCUAGAAUUAGAGAAAUUAACUAUGAAGGUAAAUAUUUCGAAGUCCCAGGACCAAAUAUUACUGAACCAACUCCACAAAGAUUACCAGUUAUCUUACAAGCAGGUGCUUCAAAAGCAGGGUUAGAAUUUGCAGCAAGAAAUGCAGAAGCUGUUUUUAUUGGUGGUUUCACCCCAGAAGUUUUGAAAUAUAAAAUUGAAGAAUUAAAAAAACUUGCAGUUAAUUAUGGAAGAGAUCCUUCUGAAAUUAAAACAUUUCAAUUAGUUACUGCAAUUGUUGCUAAAACGCACGAUGAAGCUGUUGCUAAGUAUCAGGAAUAUCAAAAGUAUGGAGAUCCUGAAGGAGCACAAGCUUUAUUUGGAGGUUGGACCGGUAUAGACUUGAGUAAAUACGGCUGGGAUGAAGAAUUGAGUAGUGUUGAAAGUAAUGCUAUUAAAAGUUUUGCUGAUUCCUGGACUAAGAAAUUGCCUGGAGAACCAGAAGGCCUUCGUAAAACUAGAGGUUAUCUUUCUGAAAGAUUAAGGGUUGGAGGCUCAGGUGUUGUAUUUUAUGGAUCUCCCGAAGAAGUUGCUGAUGAAAUUGAAACUUGGGUAAACGUUUCUGGAGUCGAUGGGUUUAAUUUUACUUACGCUAUCUCGCCAGGAACUUUUGAAGAUUUGGUAGAAUUAUUGAUUCCAGAAUUAAGAAGAAGAGGAUUGGUUUGGGAUGAUUAUCCGAAAGAAAAGCUCACUUUCAGGGAAAAUUUGUAUGGAAUAGAUAGAGAAGAACCAACUUAUCUUACUGAAACUCAUCCAGCUUAUAAUCUAAGAUGGAGAGCAGGCGAAACAAAAGAAGAAUUUGAAGAAAAGUUGAAAAAGACAAUAGAAGAGAAGUUCACUUUUUAAGUAAAUCGUU